AUGGCUCCUGAACUUAUUCUACCCUUGGCUGAGCAUUUUCCAGGCCGUAUCACGUACAGAGGAAAUGGGUACUUUGCUUCUAUAAAGGCUAAGUUUGAAGCCUUCAACUUGACUGAGAGGGUGAAGGAAACUCCCUUUGGAGUUUUUUGGAAUGCCAGUGAUUUGAAAUUCUCUGGGGUGAUUGUGCAUCAACUUCUAUUGAGGAAAACGAAAGUGACUGAGGUGAAAAAUGAUGAAGUCUGGUUUUACGUGGGUAAAACCGAAGCCAGAUUUGGGCGGUCUGAGUUUGGUUUGAUCACCGGACUAAAGAUGAGCGGUGGCCCCUCAACAGAAGAUUUGAGUACACUGUGUGAGUCGGACGGAGCAUCGCGGGACUACCUCAAUAAUGUCAAACGGGUCACUUUCAAAACCCUUUGGCUAGCUUUUGAGUCCUGCGAUGUGGCGGACGAUGUGUACAAGUUGGGGUUGUGCGCAUUUGUCGAGGGUGUUCUUCUAUCAAGGGCUGAGGGUGUUUAUAUCUGGACGGAUAUGCUGAAGCUGGUAGAAAACGUUGAAAACUUCUUCGAGUAUCCAUGGGGCCUCCUUUCUUAUCAGAAGUUAUUGUCAUCCACAACUAAGAGUAUGAGUGACCUGAGGAAGAAUUACAUUGAUAAGGUCUCUACUAAAGAUAAGAUGAAGAAGAAAGGGAAGACGGAGAAAAAAAUUACUCAACCGGAGGCAAAGUACAAUGUCUAUGGAUAUGCCCCGGCGCUGCAAUACUGGGCCUUCGAGGUGAUGCAAGAUUUGGGGAAGAAGUAUGGGCAGUGCAGAGGGACUAGAUUCCCUCGAAUGUUGAAUUGGAGUACUCUCGAUUCCGUUACGAGACAUGAUGUGAAGCAACCUGGCGUGGCUGAACUAUUUGAGAAAAGGAUGGUUGUGCUUCAAAUAUUGUAUCCUCGGAAUUGGGAGGUCGACUACUGGAAGAACAAUUGUGAGGGUGAGGUCCCCACAGUGGAAAUGGGGUUAGAUGAGGUCGAAGAAACACAAGCCGGGACGCAAGAUUCGACCGCAUUCGAGACCCAAGCCCAACGGGUGGCAGAAUAUGUUAAAAGGUCCAAAAUUAUUCCACCAUCCCCACCCAAGGAAACAGCAGACGCCUCCACAUCUGCCACUGUGCCCCCAACAUCUGCGUCUGUGCCCCCAAGCUCUGCUCCACCUAAUGACUCCGACUACCUCUUGUUGGCUAAGAGGUUGGAGAAGGUAGAAGCACAACAACUUGGGAUUCUCACUGCCCAGACUGAGAUGAAGGCUGACUUCAAGAGAAGUCAGAAAGAGAUGAAGAAUCUUAUCAUGGAUCAAAUUGCGACCGUGAUAAGUUUGUUACAGAAGCAGCCUUCGGAGCCGACACAACCAUCAGGGCCGGCACAACAAUCAGACCCCACACAUCCAUCCGACACGGCAGAGCCAUUACAGACGGUACAUCCAUCACCGCCGACAUAUGAUGAUGAUGAUGAUGUCUACCCAGAAGAUUGGCAACCUGACGUAUGUGACGUUCCUUCUACUCCUGCAAACGCCAUUGUCAUUUCGCUGGGUGACACAGAAUCUCAGGAUGUGGAAGAGUUGCAGGGGCCACCAGAUGGGGUGGAGUUCUGUAGGCUUAGGCAAAAGCGGAAGCCGGUUUUCUUGAAUGACUACACAGCUGGGAAGAAGAAACAAAGACAUGGGCCCGUGGUAGUAGACACACUGAAACCGGCGGACCCCCGGCUGUUAAAAUUUUUCCAGAAAUGGAUUACUUAUGCUAGGGACAAUGGCCGUCCUAGGGAUGUUCACACUGGCGAAGCCACUAGAUCAUGGUUCGUGAAGUUGAUGGUGCUGAACGAAUGGCUCGACGAUGAUCAAAUUGAUGCCAUGGCGCACUUAUUGAGAAGAAGACAGACCCUGUACCCAAAAGUCUACACCCGAAAAGGUGUAGUUUUGGACACAUCUGCUCCACAAUUCUUUUCCAUAUUUUGGAAUAUGUAUGAGGGUGACAGGAGCAAGAUGAAAUGGGAUGAGGGCGUCAUGAGUUACGUGCAGGGGAUACCGCACAGAUACUUGCCAUGUUGGGAGAACCAGGAUUACAUAUACUUCGUGUUGCACCUUCCGAAAGAGCGCCACUGGGUGGCAGUUGAGGUGGAUAUCGACAAUUGGGAGAUCAUUGUAUAUGAUUCUGAUAUCGGUGCCACCGUUGAGGCAGCCAUGGAGUCAUAUUUGAAGCCUUACAGCGAGCUCUUUGCGAAUCUAAUUCGAGCUAGCGGUUAUUUCCAAUACAACAAUUAUGUACAUCCGGUGGAGUUGGGCGAUCUCAGUCAGCUCCUACCCCUGCAUUAUAGACGAGCUACCUCGGAGGUUGCACCACAAACGAAGAGCAGUGGCAAUUGUGGAAUGUAUGCCAUGGAGCACAUUGAGCACUUGAUGCUGGAGCGGUCGUUGGAGCAUGUUCAUGAUGAUAACAUGCUCACCUUUAGACAUAGGUGGUGUGUGGACCUAUUUUACCAGAACUUAACGUGGUAG